AUGGAGGUCCUGGGGGUCACAUACGACAGCAAGAUGACCUUCAGGACACAUAUAGAACGGCUCGCCAGGGAGGCCUCAGGGAAGCUGGCUUCCCUAAGAAGAAUGUCGUGGCUCCUCGACGGCAGGGGGCUGGAGGUGCUGUAUAAGUCACAAAUCCGCUCCUCCCUUGAGUACGCGUGCCUUGCGUGGGGCGGGGCGGCACACAGGCACCUCGCCCACCUGAACAGGGUGCAGGAUCGGGCGGAGCGGCUAAUAAGGAGCAGCAGCACAGCCUGGGAUCCACAACUGCAGCCGUUGCAACACCGGCGAGAUGUGGCAGGCCUGACGGUAAUGUUCCAGGUGCAGCAACUGAGACAGCCUCAUCUCCAAGAGCUGUACCAGCAACGCCGCCGGAACCUGGUCACCACUAGGGCAGUAGUGUCUGCCCCCGAACAACUGCUCCAGCCCCGCAGCAGGACAUGGCACUACCAGCGGCAGUUCCUGUACACCUACGUCGGCUUGUGGAACACUCUCCUUGCCUCGCAGCAGAACCUCGAGCGCGUGACUCUGCAAGGCUUCAAGGAGUGUGCGCACCAGUGGCUAAUGGCAGGUCGAC